AUGGCUCAAAAGGCUGGUGGAAAUAAAGAGCCUCAAGUGGAAAAUACCCUUGAUGGUUAUAAGUUUGGUAUUGAGCUCGAAUAUCGCUUGACACCAAGAGGGAAUAAACAAAAGCCUAUAUCUGGACCGGAAGUUUGUGAUGAACUUGCAAAACUCUGGAAUGAGACCCACGGAAAAGUCAAGGGCGUUAAUCCCAUGGAAUCUCGCUAUUUACUUCCGAAAACCGAAGAAAAAGGGUCCAGGGACUAUAAAAGGUGGAACAUAGUGAACGAGGCCUCAAUGAAACCUGGGGAGAACGAUAGUAUACCGCUAGAAAUUGUAUCGCCGGCCUUCGAAUACAGUAAAUAUGGCGACUGGAAAGACGAGAUCGAGAGAGUGCUAGAUCACAUUCUCAACGAAACAGUACCAGAGAUGGACAAUAGUACUGGUUUCCAUAUCCACGUUGCUCCUGAUGAUCGUCCUUGGACCCCGCUUGAACUUAAACGCAUUGCUGCUGCGAUUGUUCACUUUGAUAGACCACUCAGAGAUCUCUUCCCUCGUCAUGAAUUUACGGAAGAGUGGAAUAAAUCCAACGUUUCCGACAAUGGAUACCUCGGAGAUCCGCCGGGUAGGAAGACCGCUCUUAAAAUCAUCUCCGAUGCUAAAACUAAAUAUGAAUUAAUUAAUGCCAUGAACUUUGACUGGGAAGAGAAAAAACGAAGAAACUACGCUUGGAACUUUACAAACAACUCGGAGGUCAAAUCUCAACCCCGCUCUGCCAGAAACACGAUGGAAUUUCGAUUACCAAAGUCCACGACGGAGGUUGAAGUCAUCGAGAAGUGGAUCACAUUCACAGUGACUUUCCUUCAUGCUUCACUUUUCCACAGUGAAGUCUAUAUUGACUUUAAGCCAACGCUUGGAGGACUUAACGGAUUUCUGGUUCAUAACUGUCCUCCUAGUACCGAGGAGUUCUGCUGGAAGAAACAUUUGGCUGAGAACUGGACGAAGUAG